AGGGAGCCAUAUUCGAGGCUCAAUCCCAGAACCCUGGGAUUCAACGACUGAGCCACCCAGGCACCCAGUCUCAAAUUUUCAGUUACAAAACCUUGGCACAUCACGCAUUUCGCCCCCAAAGCCAACACCCCAGCUUCAUAAAGAGGAAGAGGAAGUUCCCCCUUCCGCCAAGAAGCUCGGGUGAGUGGAGGAGCGGCACAGGGAGACAGCCUGCUGGGGUCAAGCCCGAAGCUGAGACGCGGGAUCCGUCGACAUGAAUCCCGUCAUCGUGGUCCACGGUGGCGGAGCCAGCAGUAUCUCUAAGGAACGGAAAGAGCGGGUGCGCCAGGGCAUCAUCAAAGCCGCAGAGGUGGGUUACAAAAUCCUGACGGAGGGAGGGAGCGCAGUUGACGCUGUGGAAGGAGCUGUGGCGUUCCUGGAAGAUCAUCCUGAGUUCAACGCAGGUUGUGGAUCUGUCUUGAAUGUAAAUGGUGACAUUGAAAUGGAUGCCAGUAUCAUGAGUGGAAAAGACCUGUCUGCAGGAGCUGUGUCUGCAGUCCGCUGUAUAGCAAAUCCCAUUAAACUUGCACGGCUUGUUAUGGAAAAGACAACUCACUGCUUUCUGACUGACCAGGGCGCAGCAAAAUUUGCAGCAGCCAUGGGAGUUCCCACGAUUCCUAAAGAGCAGCUGGUGACAGAGAGAAACAUAAAACGUCUAGAAAAAGAGAAAAAUGAGAAAGGUGCUCUGAAGCUAGGCUUCCAACAAGACUUGGGAACAGUGGGGGCCGUCGCCUUGGACUGCAAAGGAAACGUAGCCUACGCAACCUCCACGGGCGGCAUCGUUAAUAAAAUGGUCGGCAGGGUUGGGGACACUCCAUGCGUAGGAUCCGGAGGUUAUGCUGACAAUGACAUUGGUGCCAUUUCAACAACGGGUCACGGGGAGAGCAUCCUGAAGGUGAAUCUGGCCAGACUGACUCUCUUCCACGUAGAACAAGGAAAGACCUUGGAAGAGGCAGCCGACAUGUCGUUGGGUUAUAUGAAGUCAAAGCUGAAGGGUUUAGGCGGUGUCAUCUUGGUCAGCAAAGCAGGAGACUGGGCAGUAAAGUGGACCUCCACCUCCAUGCCGUGGGCGGCCGCCAAGGAUGGCAAGCUGCACUCUGGAAUCGAUCUCCAUGAGACCAGUGUCGCUGAUCUGCCCUAGGGCUCCAAAGAUUGUAUUGUAGAAGCUAGCUUGGAGGGAAAGGCCGGUUUCCUGGUGUGGAGACUUGGCUUAAUCAAUUAGAUCUAGAAAUGGAAAAUUCUGCAGUCUGUCACUCGUUUUGUCGCCUUGAUCAAUGAGUAUCUGAGUGUUUGGUUGAGGGGCGGAUCGGGAAGUGCCAAGAGAAACGCCCCACUAAGGUCAAAAAGUAAGACCAGUGCAGAUGACCAAGUCCUGAGUCUUUCUUAUGAAUUGUCCCCAGUAUCUUAGAUUAGAAAGGAGAAACGACAUGAUCUGAGCAGAACAGCAGCCACCUCAGUGCAGGGAGUUCCAUCUGGGUGGGAUCAGAAGACCCGCCACAGGGACAGAAGCGGCAGGCUCAAAAGUUGGGAGGAAGCCAACACCUCCCAAGGCUGUCUUGGUUGCAGAAUUCAUGUUAAGUCAGAAGAAUAUCAGGGAAAAGAACCCAUGAGAGGAGAAGCUGAUUUUUCUUUCUAAGAAGGUUCAUAUCUCCUCUGACUUACUAAUGUAGACAUGUUUCUAGAUCCUUUAAAAGUAGCCUCUGGUAACCCAUAGCCCCCAGUCUGGAGGUGAAGGGUGUAACGGAGACUCUGCGGGGCUCCUGCAGGUCUCGUGGGCUCCCAGGUGAGUCUGCUGGCCUAGCAUUUCCCACCAGCCUCUGCCUGCUGCAGGCCCUCCUGGUGCUCGUGCUGAGGAAGGGGGCUCAUGAGCUCUCUCUCCGCCGCUGCUCUAACCAGAGCCCAUGGGGAUGCCCCUCGACCUACUGCAUUCCCUCGCUGUCCAGGGCCGUGGGCCCCCACGUGACUGCAGGUACCGCGUGUUCAGCAUGGUCAGCAUGACAGAAGACGUAAUUUCCUUGGCGGAAACUGUUCCUACCCAUCUCUCUUUACACUGGAAAUGAUAUUUCUGCUGUGACGGUUUUUUAGUCUGUCAGGUCUUACCUUCUCUCUGGAAAGAAAUUGCUUAACUUUAAAUUCCAUGUGCUACUAAUAAAAUAUAUUUUGAAAGAA